GCUGCGCACUUCACGUUUUCAAAACACGAAGAAGAAGAAAAAAAAGCCGCUGCUUGCCAGAAGCCACUUCAUUCACUGACGGCCAACUAAGCUUCGCUUUCAUUGACUUUAAGAAUUGGGGUUAUGGUGUUUUCUACGCCGAGUAAAUAAAGGAAGCCCGACGGCAUCAUGGAGUUCUCCGCAGAAGACGGAGACGCACACAAUGUCAUCGACAUGACCACGAGUGAAAGGGUCGUGGAUCUUUUGAACCAGGCUGCCUUGAUUCCCACAGAUGCGAAGCUGGCUGUGCUCAAACAGGUCCAGGAGCUAAUCAUCAACAAAGAUCCAUCUCUCCUUGACAAUUUCCUGGAUGAGAUAAUCGCCUUUCAGACGGACAAAUCCAUCGAAGUACGAAAGUUUGUCAUCGGCUUUAUCGAGGAAGCAUGUAAGCGAGACAAUGAGCUGCUCCUCAGGCUAAUCGCAAACUUGAACAUGCUGCUCAAGGAUGACAGCGUUAACGUGGUGAAGAAAGCCAUUCUCACACUCACGCAGAUGUACAAGGUUACGCUACAGUGGCUGGUGCGGGCCAAAGCCGUGUCAGAUAUGCAGGAGGCCUGCUGGGAGAUGGUGACGCAGAUGAAGGGCGACGUCCUGGCACUGCUGGACUCGGAGAACGACGGCGUGCGCACUCACGCCAUCAAAUUCACCGAGUCGCUCAUCGUCACCCUGUCGCCUCGCGUGGUCGACUCGGAUGUGCCCAAGCGGCAGGAGAGCGACAUCAGCUUGGACAAAGUACCCAAGGACCACGCGUACAUCCGCUACGAUGUUUUGUGCGAGGAGGGAAAAUCAGCUCUGGACAAGCUGCUGAAGUUCAUGGUGCAUCCCGCCAUUUCCAGCAUUAACCUGACCACCGCGUUGGGCUCCCUGGCCACCAUCGCCCGCCAGAGGCCCAUGUUUAUGUCCAAGGUGGUUCAGGCGUACGAGACCUUGCACGCUAAUCUUCCGCCUACGCUGGCCAAGUCGCAGGUGAGCAGCGUGCGAAAGAACCUCAAGCUGCACCUGGUGGCCGUGCUCAAGCAUCCGUCCAGUCUGGAGUUCCAGGGCCAGAUCAGCACCUUGCUGCUGGACCUGGGCAUGCCCCAGGGCGAGAUCACGCGCUGCACGCCGCCGCCGAGGGAGCUGCGCAAGAGGCCGCGGCACGAGCAGUACACGGAGGGGAAGAAGGUCAAGUUGGAGCAAACCCUGAUGGAAGACGACGAGGACAAGGAGGAGCCGGCUCCUCUCUCGGCCCCCAAGCCCGCUGCGCUUCCUGUGGCGCAGUCCGCCAUUGACCUGACCGCCGACUUCCUGCGCCCGCUCCUCAACGCCGACAACGUCGCCAAUCUGGUGCUGAUCAGCAUGGUGUAUCUGCCCGACACCAUGCCGGCGUCCUUCCAGGCCACGUACACGCCCGUGGAGUCGGCCGGCACCGACGCGCAAAUCAAGCAUUUGGCCCGGCUGAUGGCCACGCAGAUGACCGCCGCCGGGAUCGGGCCAGGCCUAGAGGAGUGCAAAGCCAGAGAGAACGAGGUGGGCAAAGAGGGCGCCAACGAAGACGACGCGGGCAGCGGCGACUCGCUGAUCAAGCGCAAAGUGAUGGUGGGCCAGGCCAUCUCCGUAGUGGGCGGCUACUCGGAAAAGGAAAAGGCUCCCAGCCUCGCCGCCGUCAAGAGGCUUCCCGAGCCCAUCCUUCCGUCGGCGCAAACCAAAUUGGCGGGCCUGACCGGCAGGAAGAAAGUCUUCAGGCUGGCGGAUGUGAUCCAGCCUCUAUCCGAGACGCAGAUUGAACGCUUAACGUCCAAGACCGUCAAGCGCAUCCUUCACUCUGAAAAGACCAUCACGCAAAGCGGAAUGUCCCACGUGCGAGUGAAGCUCCUCUCCAAGCUGGUGACGCAGUUUGAGGGCAUCAUGAAAGAGGACGUGCUGCACUUCAUUCUGGAGGACAUCCGCAGCCGCAGCGAGCUGGCCUUUUCGCUGCUCUAUCAAGAGUACAACACCUACCUGAGCCAGCUGCCCUCGGGCCUGCUGGACAGCUACGACCAGUGUCUGUACACGCUGCUCUCCGGACUGCAGGAGAAGCCCGAGCAGAAGGACGGGCUCUUCACCAAACUGGUACUGGAGGCUCCCAUCAUCACCGAGUCGGCGCUGGAAGUCAUCCGGCGUUACUGCGAGGACGAGUCGCGGGUGUAUUUAGGCAUGACCACGCUGAAGGAACUCAUCGUCAAGCGGCCUUCCAGGCAGUUCCAGUACCUGCACGUGCUCCUGGAUCUCAGCUCGCAUGAAAAAGAGAAGGUGCGCUCCACCGCCCUGGCCUUUCUGAAGCGCAUGUACGAGAAAGACCACCUCCGGGACUACAUUGAGAAGUUUGCCCUGAACUACAUGCAACUCCUGGUCCACCCCAACCCCCCGUCACUGCUCUUCGGGGCCGACAAAGACACAGAGGUGGCGUCCCCCUGGACCGAAGAGACGGUGCGCCAGUGCCUCUUCCUCUACUUGUCUCUGCUGCCGUUGAACCACAAGCUGGUGCACGAGCUGGCGUCCGUCUACACGGAGGCCAUCGCCGACAUCAAGCGCAGCGUGCUUCGAGCCAUCGAGCUCCCCAUCCGCGGGAUGGGCAUGAACUCUCCCGAGCUUCUGCUCCUGGUGGAAAACUGCCCCAAGGGCGCGGAGACGCUCGUCACCCGCUGCCUGCACAUUUUGACGGACAAAGUGCCUCCGUCUCCGGAGCUGGUGGAGCGGGUGCGGGACCUUUACCAUAAGCGCGUGCCGGACGUUCGCUUCCUCAUCCCAGUCAUCAACGGCCUUGAAAAGAACGAAGUCGUCCAGGCGCUUCCCAAGCUGAUCAAACUCAACCCCAUCGUGGUCAAGGAGGUCUUCAACCGCCUCCUGGGCACCCAGCACAGUGAGGGCAGCUCAUCGGUGUCCCCUCUGACGCCAGGAGACCUGCUGAUCGCCUUGCACAAUAUCGACUCCAUCAAAUGCGACAUGAAGUCCAUCAUAAAAGCAACCAACCUGUGCUUCAGCGAGAAGAACGUUUACACGUCGGAGGUUCUGGCGGUGGUGAUGCAGCAGCUGAUGGAGCACAGCCCGCUGCCCAUCCUGCUGAUGAGGACCGUCAUCCAGUCGCUCACCAUGUACCCGCGACUCUGCGGCUUCGUCAUGAACAUCCUGGCCAGGCUCAUCGUCAAGCAGGUGUGGAAGUACCCCAAGGUGUGGGAGGGCUUCGUCAAAUGCUGCCAGAGAACCAAACCGCAGUCCUACAGCGUCCUCCUGCAGCUGCCUCACGCGCAGCUCGCCAGCGUCUUUGAACGCUGCCCCGAGAUGAGGGAACCCCUGCUGCACCACGUCCGGUCCUUCACGCCGCACCAGCAAGCUCACAUCCCAGCCUCCAUCAUGGCGGUCCUGGAAGCCAGCAAAAAAGCCGAAGCCAAGCCAGCGGAGCCCGCGAAGAAGGACGCCCCCCACGCGGAGAGAGACGGCCUUUCUGCGGCCGCUGAGCGAGCGCAAGCCCAAGCCCAGCAGCAGGAAACGCGCACCGUCACGACUCAUUUGGUGGAGGAGCGGGAGGUGGCGGCGGCAAUGGAGGAGGAGGAGGAAGAUGUGGAGGAGGAGGAGGAGCAGCAGCAGCUGGAGGAGGAGGAGGACCAGGAGCAAGCCAUGGAGCAGGAGCAAGCAGAUAUCGUGAGACGUGAGGAGACGGUCCAAGUCCCCUUGGAGGUGGAGAUGGCGAGAGGUGAUCAAACGCCCGAACCUGAAGGGGAACCGCAACCUGAAGCAGAACCCAAACCUGACCCUGUACCUGAAUCGGAACUUGAACAGCAAGCUGAACCUGAACCUGAGCCCGAUGUUCAGCCGCAUCCUGAACCACAAGCCAACCCCAAGCCAGAAGCUGAACCCGCAGAGGAGCCGAUGGAGACCUCUGAAGCGCCACCGUCGGACUCCCGGGAGACACCGAAAGAGGAUGAGGACGAAGACCCCGUUCAGGACAUUGGGAGCAGCUGUGAAGCAGCGGAAUGAAGCGCGUGACAACGUUUGCCGGUCGUACCGCUCCUUCUCUUUUGUAUUUGCUGAACAUUGGGGAACGUUUCCACACAUGGGCCACGGCAGGCGACAAUAAAUGAACAACACAAGA